AUGGCUCAUGCCGAAGAUGUCGAGUCUGGUCGGCUAUCCAAGGACAACAUCGAGCGCAAGGUUUCCUUGAAGCAUGCCGACCGUGCACUUGCGAUUGUAGGAGAUCAGAGAGUGGAAUUAUCAGAAGAGGAUAACAAACGUAUUCGACGCAAGACGGACAGAACGAUCCUUGUUAUUCUAGUAUGGGUCUAUUUCCUCCAGAUCCUCGACAAAACCGUGCUCGGCUACGGCGCCCUCUUUGGCAUGACCACCGACACAGGCCUUACCGGCGACCAGUACUCGUUUCUGGGGUCUAUCGCUCCUAUCGCACAACUCGCAUGGCAACCUUUCUCAUCCUUCUUGAUCGUCCGAGUGCCGCACCGCAUCCUCAUGCCGACACUCUGCCUUGGAUGGGGAAUUGCUCAAGCGUCCAUGGCAGCCUGCCAUAAUUACAGCUCACUGUUGGCUGCUCGUUUUUUCCUCGGGCUGUUCGAGGCCGGCUGCCUCCCACUCUUCAGCGUCAUCACAAGCCAGUGGUAUCGCCGAGCGGAGCAACCGCUCCGUGUUGCGGCUUGGUAUGGCACCAAUGGCCUCGCAACAAUCGCUGCGUCAGCACUCUCGUACGGACUGGGAAGCAUCAGAUCCCCUGUGCUUCAGGAAUGGCAGAUCAUCUUCCUCUUUGUUGGGCUCGUCACCAUCGUCACCGCUCCGGUUAUCUACUAUUUCCUCGACAACGACAUCCCGUCAGCGCGCUUCUUGACAGAGCACGAGAAGGCCCAGGCUAUCGAACGCCUUCGAGCCAACCAAACCGGCACAGGGAACCGUGAAUUCAAAUGGUCGCACAUUGCCGAGUUAGCAUUAGAACCCAAGACAUACCUCUGGAUCGGUCUUUCCCUGCUCCUCAACGUGGGAGCAGCCGUCACCAACACCUUUGGCCCACUCAUCCUCCAAGGUGUUGGCUUCGACAAGUACAAAACAUCAUUGUUGAACAUGCCAUUCGGCGCAAUGCAGUUCAUCGUCAUCCUGCUCGCCUCGUGGGCAGCACAAAAAGCGAAACUCAAGUCGUUCGUGCUUGCAGGACUCAUGCUUCCGGUGAUUGCAGGCCUUGCUGUCCUGUAUGUCCUCCCACGCGAGUCGAGCUCCACUGCAGGACUGCUGGUUGCAUACUAUCUCCUGGCCUUCCUUUUCGGCGGCAAUCCACUCAUCGUCUCCUGGAUCGUCGGCAACACCGCUGGCAGCACGAAGAAAUCCGUCAUCAUGUCUCUUUACAAUGCGGGAUCGAGCUCCGGCAACAUCAUCGGCCCCUUAUUGUUCAACAAGAAAGACGCUCCGGCGUAUCACCCCGGCCUUCGCAAGGUGCUGGCCAUCUUCGUCACCAUGUUCGCUGUGGUUCUGAUUCAGCUGGCGAACCUGUUCUUCUUGAACAAAAUGCAAUCCAGGCGACGGGUCAAGAAUGGCAAGAGCGCAAAGAUCAAGGAUCACUCGAUGGAGGACAAAUACGUCCCCAUGGACGAGACCGACAAUGGACGCAGACUGGGUGACAAUGCGUUCCUGGAUCUCACCGAUGGGCAGAACGAUGAGUUCACGUACAUUUAUUGA